AUGUUGAGUCUCCUCUCUUCUCCUCUCUCCUUCUCUCUCCUCCUCACUCCCUCUCUCUUCCUCUUCUCCCCCUUCCCUCUCUCCAGGCUGGACUUUAUAUCAAAGACACAUCUCUCAUUAGGAGGUUUGCAGCCUGUGAAUAUCAAUCGCAUUCCUCUAUUGUCUGCAGCAGGAGUGGAGUUUAGGGGUGAGUUUGGGGGUGAGUUUGGGGGUGAGUUUGGGGGUGAGUUUGGGGGUGAGUUUAGGGGUGAGUUUGGGGGUCAGUUUGGGGGCGAGUUUAGGGGCCCUGUCCACACGAAGUCAAGCUCAGGCCUAAACGCAAAGUUUAGGGGUGAGUUUGGGGGUCAGUUUGGGGGCGAGUUUGGGGGUGAGUUUGGGGGCGAGUUUGGGGGUGAGUUUGAGGGCGAGUUUGGGGGUGAGUUUGGGGGCGAGUUUGGGGGUGAGUUUGGGGGUGAGUUUGAGGGGGGUGAGUUUGGGGGUGAGUCAGAUGUUAUUGGCUCUUUGUUGCUAUGA